GCAUCAUAAGACCUAACUUUCCGAUCGCGAGAUCAUUGUAGAUGAUCAUGCCAUGUCAUGAAAGUUCCAUUGUGAAAACCGUGAUGAAAUAAAUGGUGUUGAGAAUUGAAUAAAUGUUGUGAUGAGAAUUCAAGUACGUGCUGGAAUUGAAAGCGAAGAAUGGUGUUAGAGAUGAAAUCAGUAAUGUGUUCACCUGCUGCGAAUCGAAAGUCCUUCCUGUCUGCUCUAAUCUUCACGAGACGUCCUCACCGUUGUAAUAAAAAUAGUCACAGUAUACCAUGGACAUGGGGAAGAAGAGAGAAUUAUUGUGCAGCAGCCAUGGUGGCAGAAAAGGCCUCCAUUUGUUCAGCUGAUGAAUUGCAUUAUUUAAAUGUGCCCAACUCUGAUUGGACCUUAGCUCUCUGGCGCUACAAUCCUCCACCGCAGGCUCCUUCCAGAAAUCAUCCUGUUCUUCUUCUCUCUGGCGUCGGAACGAAUGCCAUUGGGUACGACCUUUCUCCUGGGGCUUCAUUCGCUCGCCAUAUGUCUAGACAAGGAUUUGACACAUGGAUUUUGGAGCUGAGAGGUGCUGGCCUGAGUAAAAGAGAAGGGGGAACUACGGCAAAUGAAACUUGUAUUAAAAAUGGUACUACCAUUGAGUUGAUGGAUACUCUGAGUGAAGAUGACUCAAAUGGUUGCUUAAUCAAACCGGAUCAGAGUCUCACAGAAAUUGAUUCUAAAGCAGAGACUCAAAACAGCACUGCUAGUGAAGACGAACUUGAAACAGCCCAGGAGAGAUCAGAAUUGGUAGCUAGAUUGUCAGAAGCAUUUUUACAACUCCCAGACAAAAUGACUAAUUUUCUGAAUGAAAGCCAAUAUAAGGCUAUGGCUUCUAGAUUAAUUGACCAGAUAUCUGAACUUCGGGGAGAUGCUCAACCCUCAGAACGCUUCAUGGAAAUUAAAGAAAAGCUAUUAAAGCUGUUUGAGGAGGGGCGAAACUCUGCUACUGCUUCACAGAUUGCAGAGAUGAGUCAUAGGCUUGUUAAGAUGGUGCUAGAUGGUCCAUCACAGAUCUUUGAUCUACGUGAACGCCUCAGCUCAAAAAUUGACGAUUAUCAGAAACAAAUGGAUCUGAUUAUGGAAUAUAAUUGGGACUUUGAUAACUAUUUAAAAGAAGAUAUUCCUGCAGCGAUGGAUUAUAUACGGAGCCAGACCAAGCCUAAGGAUGGAAAACUAUUUGCUAUAGGUCACUCUAUGGGAGGAAUUUUGCUUUAUGCACAUCUGUCAUCUUCUGCUAGGAUAGGAAAACAAAGUGGUUUCGCAGCCAUUGUUACAUUGGCAUCAUCUCUUGAUUAUACGGCCUCAAACUCGUCAAUGAAGUUAUUGGUUCCACUUGCAGAUCCAGCAAAGGCUAUUAAUGUUCCUGUUCUUCCUUUGGGAAAGUUAAUGGCUGCAAUAUAUCCGCUUUCCUCACAACCUCCUUAUGCUUUGUCUUGGCUCAAUCGCCAGGUGUCUGCACGAGAUAUGAUGCAUCCAGAGCUGUUUAAGAAGCUCGUCUUGAGUAACUUUUGUACAGUACCGGCAAAGCUGAUCUUGCAGCUUGCAACAGCUUUUCGUCCUGGUGGAUUGCAGAAUCGAACUGGGUCCAUCUAUUAUAAGGAGAAUUUAGAUAAAUGCAAAACUCCUGUUUUAGCAGUAGCUGGAGAUGAGGACUUGAUUUGUCCACCAGAAGCUGUACUUGAUACUGUGAAAGAAUUUCCUCCAGAAUUGGUUACUUACAAACUCUUUGGUGGAGAAAACGAUGUACAUUAUGCUCAUUAUGAUCUUGUUGGGGGCCGUCUGGCAACCGAAGAGGUAUAUCCUUCUAUUUUGGAAUUCCUUACCAAACAUGACAGUUCUGAAAGUAGUGACAUUUCAGAAAAAGGUUACUGACAUUCAAAUUAGAGGACAAUUAUGGUUUUGUUGCACUGUAAUGAGAAACUCCUUGUCGACCUAAGUGGCAAAUCUGUAUCAGUAAAGUAUGAUGAGUGAUUGUUUGGUCGAGGAAAAAACAGUACUCCUAAUGAGAUCCUUUUCUUGUUGCAAUUUAAUAAUUUAUCUUUUACUUUUCUAAUGCUCUAGAAGCAAAAUUCUAUUGCUGAAUAUUUCUUUUUCUUGUUUUUGCUAGCAUGGCCAAAAAUGGUGGACAUAUAUAUAUGUUGACUCUACAAACUUUUCUCCAGACUGCUAUUACUGAUUAACAUCAAGCAUAGGAUGGACAUUAUCAUUGGCAUGUCAGUCAAAAUUUCUAUGCGUCUGGGAUCUCAACUGUUUAGCUUUCUUCAUUGAAGUUUAUUGAAAUUAAACAAUUAAUUAUUCUUGUUUGGUGGAAAGUGCAUGUAUUUAUAAGCAUAAGAUUAUGGCAGAGAUGAGGUAUUAUUGGCCUUGUUCACGAUAUAUUUGACAAAUACAUCACAAACAAGUGUAUUUUUCGCGCUUGGAUGUGUUAUGUGAAUUGGUACACCAAUAGUCAUUAGGUUAAGAAACCGAAAUUUGAAAAAUAUGUGCAAAAAUACACUCAACAUGUUUGUCUAUUGGGAGUUACUGUAGAAAUUGAAAAUAGAACAUUUUAUAAACAAGGGAAUGAUAUUUGUGAA